UGAUUGUUGUUUUUUUCAUUUUCAAUUUUCACCAUUGUGAUUUCUUGUUUAAGUUAUUAAUUAACGGAUAAUUAACGGGAUAAAUUAUUUGUUUACUCUGAUUGUUGAUUGUUGCCUUUUUGCUAACCUUCUUGUCUCACUCAACUAUGAAUACCAAUUUUGAAGCUCGUUUUAUGGUCGCAUUGAAACGGUCAAAUCUUGUGGAAAAAUGUCAAGACUUGAGCUGUUUAAUUCAGGAAAGUAUUUCGGAAAAUUACAAGCUGGAUAUUCAAAACUGUUUUCCCAGUCUAGUUGAGCAUUUAUUUGCUUUUGGAUAUCAAAAUGACAUGAACAUAAAUCUUAAAUUUAUUAAUAGUAACAAUCAACAGAUUGAGUUCCAUAGUUUGAUUGGUUUAAUGCAUCCAGAGGGUCCACUUUUCCAAUGGAUAAGAUAUUUGAUGAAAGAUCAAUUGACUGCCUUUCAUUUUUCUGUCUCUCAUCUUCCUCUUCCCAGUAGAUGUUUAAUCGAAGAAGGACUUCCCCCAGAAUUUUAUCUCAACCGAUUGGUCUCUGACGGAACAUCUUUGGCUCCAACGCGUGUUUCUCUUAAUGCAUUUGAGUUCUUUCUCUUUCACUUAGCUCACUAUGUCCACACUUGUUGCCGGUUCACUGGAAACCUGGACAAUGGAAAUCCCGCUUCUACUCUUUAUAUUACUCUCAUUGAGAUGUAUCUCAAUUAUUUCGUCCCUUUGGACUCGUCUACAGUCAAAAACUCUCCCGUCUCGCCAACUUCAGCCACUUCUCCAUCUUCCCGACAAUUAAUACCAGAGUCUCCAACAUCUCUCUGGCAAUCCCUUUCAUCAACUUUCCAUCUCAACUCAAGUCAGCCCAAUUCUUCACUCAACCUACCUAAAUCAUCAUUACUAAACCUGAAAAAGCUUCUCAAUCGACCAAAUGAAGCUUCUUUUUCAAAUCAAGUCAACAAUUUAAAGGCUUUCGAUCCCCUCGGCUCAACAGUCAGUAAAGCUGAAACUGUUUUAAAUAUUUUGGUUGAAAUUUGGGUAAACAUUAAAGUUCCUCAACACAUAAUCAAAAAGAUGCCUUCACACACUCAACUCCAACCCCUGUUGGCUCACAAUCAAGAUCAUAUGAGAUGUGUUAGAAUUCUGGUUAAACAUUUACAUUAUUUUGUAAAUUCGCUCAUCAACAAAAAGCUUCCUCUAAAUGUUUCCAUGUUUGAAAAUCAUGAAUUGGACGAGCUGAAAAGUAACAUUUGGAGCAACAAGUAUAUUUUUCUUCGUCGAUUUUAUAGUUUCAUCAGAGUUUCGUUCGACAAAUGGCCUCUUGAUGCUUCCUUUAGAUUACCUUUAGAGGUUUGGUUAAGUUUCAUUCAGCCUUGGAGAUAUAUUGAUCCAUCAAGUGGUCGUCCGAGUGAUGAAGGUGCUGAUUCUGGAGAUAAUCAACCAAUUGAUUCGUCGUGGAAACAAUUUGUUGAUGAUAAUCUACUAUUCUAUACGGUCAUAUUUCGCCAGCUAAUUCCUCGUUUCAUGCGGUUAGACUUAAGCUCAUCAAUCAAUUCUUUCAUGUUAUUCCGAGUGAUUAAAGUUUAUCAUCAAGUUAAUCUUGUUUCCAUGAUCAAAGAUUCAGAGAAAAACUUUGAAUCCAACAUGUCACCCAACAAAUCAAUGAACUCUCGACUAUCAAUGAUCACCAAUUAUCGUGUAUCUGGACAUUCACCGAUUUCACAUGGACUAAUUUAUCGUCAUCCAUUAUUGGAAUGUGAACCCAAUGAUUUUACCUACAUUCGACUAUUCUCUGAUCAAGUUCGAAGUGAAGUAUCAAUGUUAUUGAGAAAAAUUCUUUUAACCAAACAAGAGCUCUCGGAAUAUAUUCGUUCUCAUACAUCAACUUCGAACUCAGAAGAAGCGUUUAGCUUUAAAAGCUUGAUGAAAACCUUUAAUCCUGGUGAAGAUCAAUCAUAUGAUCUUGAUGAUCGUCAGCAAAUUUCUGAUAAAAUUAAAACAGAAAAUUAUUCUGGUUUACUGAGUGAAAGAAUAGCAAACAUAUUUGACAUCGAUUUGUCUCUCAUGGAAGCGGAAACAACUCAAUUCUCGGUAGAAAGCUCAUUCGCUGUUGACUCACCGAUGUGUCUCACCCAACAAUCUGCUCACAAUGUGCCUUUUAAUCACUCAUUAACUCAACAAUCAUUAAACUCGAUGACUCCUAAAGAGGUGGAUGGUGCUUCUAAUAUUACAAAUGAUGGAAACAAUUUAAUUCAGAGACGAGCUGGACAAGGGUCACUUCCAAUGGAUAAACCUGGUGGUAUCUGUGAAAUAAAGUACCAAGGAAAUCCUGAUCUUCAACCUGUUCGUUCAUAUGAGAUAAGUUUUCUUGUCUCAAUGUUCAUCAUGAUAUCAAAAUUAAUCAAUGAUAAAUAUUUUCCUCUUUUCACUGAAUUGUACAAUCGAGAUGAUCCUAUUGGUUGGAUUAGUCAGUGGAUUUUAUCACCACCGACAUCAUAUCAUUGCCUAGAAAAAUAUUCAUCUGAUGGAUGUAAUCCACCUCAGCGAAAAAUUGUUAAUCUACCACCGAGAGUCAAUUUAAGGAGAUUAGCAGGCAGAGAUGUUUAUUGUUACCUGAUUGUUUUCUACUUUUUAUUCUGUGUCUUUAAUUUAAGUAGAUUGACAGUUUUCUGUCUCUCUACUUUCACCUAUCUAACGACAAUUUUAGUUAAGACAAUCAUCAUUUGGGUCAAUAAAAACGCUUAAAUUGAA